CUGAAUUGCUCCACAGGGGCUGGCUCUGGGUAGAACAGCCCAUUAGUAAGAGGCCUAUGUGAGGGCAGGCUGGCAGUCCAGGACUGCUCCCCAUUGAGUCACACAAACACCUGUGCUGCCCAAGCUGCAUUCCCCUAUUCCCAAGGGAAUGUCCCCUGUGCUCUCAUUGAUUACUGUCUCUGACACGGCUCAGUGUGGCAUUUUCUGGCUUUGAGAGCCAUCUACAGAAAGUACAUAUUGAUUGGAUCCUCCUGGGAUGUGCGGGUAGGAAAAACCAACAGCCCUUUCCAUCCUGUAGCAAAGCUUUUCUGAGUGAAUGGCCUCAGCUAAAAAACUUCAUGCAAACUUUAGAGUACAGAACCCGAAGAACUUGUCAGCAGGAAUAACAGCUUUUUGAGCUAAUGGGCUGUUCUGAAAAAGGAGAACAGUAAAUUUCUUUCCAAAAUAAGUAGAAAUUAAGACACUGAACUUAUUAAGCAGCUGCCCUGUUAAGUGCUGUAGUGUCUGUUGAAAUGUGGCUGCUGCUGAGCAAGAUUUGCAUUUGUGGGCACCAUGGCAUCUCCAAUUACUGCUCAGCAGUGAAGAAGCCUGCAGGGCAGCAACUAUUAGCGGAGGGUUCUGCUAACUGAUCCAUGCCAGCCCUUGUGCUGGACAUCCAGUGCUGUUAUUUUAAUUGCCCUCUGCGUUGAGUUUGAAAAAUGGAAAGUGCUCCUAGAGAAAGAGAAAAAACAAAACAAACAAACAAACAAAAAAAACCCCACAAACAAACCAAAAAAAACCCACAAAAAGCAAAAAGAGUGAGGGGAUGACAUGACUAUGGGUGUUACAAAUGCUGCAAGUCAGAGCACCAUGUGUUCUGGGACCAGCCAGAGAACACACUGUGCACUGUUUGGCACACUGAACCCCUCAGGCACAGCCCUUCAAGCAGCUGAUGAGAACUCAGCAGCUUUUCUCUCAUCCAACACUGUGUUUAAAACAGACCCAGCUGGGACAAGUAGUCAUGUACAGCAACAGAAGUAUUGAUAGAAAAGGUUGUAUUCUGUGAUGCAAGUUGUUUUCAAUGCUGUUGUCCUCUUUUUAUAAUUUCCUAGGUCUGCUUUAGCAUGGAAACCCUGAGAAUGUAUUCACAUCUCAAAUGUGUGCACUAGCAAGUGGAAAAUUUUGAUUUGAAUUAAGUUGCAAAUGUGUAAUUGUUAGAAGACUGUCACACAAUGUCAGAUCAGUGAUCCUCCUUGCUCUGGAAGUAACUCCAGGCUUCAAAAGACAGAAUAAAAAGGUGUAAAGGAGGCCUCUCAAAGUGCUGGAACCAUACAGCAAUCUGCACAGGCUGAAGAGCAAAGGACCUGCUUGGUGUAGGAGAGGAAUCUUUCCAGGAAAUGGCAAUAGAAAUCCUUCUGGAGUUUUGUAGCUGGCUCAGAGCUGCAAGAAGAAGAAAAGAAGAGAAAGAGAGAGAUUACUUUUCAGAAACACGAGCAGUUUGUUGCAGACAAGAUGACAUUUACUGGCUUAUUUUUCUUCUGUAUGCUGAUGAGCAUGCUAACAGAUGCCCGAUCCAUCCAGGAUGGAGAUGAUCCCUACCGGGAAGCUGCAGCCUUGCCGUACUGGCCCUUCUCGUCCAAUGAUUUCUGGUCCUAUGUGGAAUAUUUCCGGACCUUGGGAGCCUACAACAGGAUCAAUGACAUGGCCAGAACCUUCUUUGCCCAGUUCCCUUUUGGGAGCCACCUUGGCUACCACGUGCGUGACCACGAGCACUGAGUGCCCUGCUCCGCUCUGCCAGAGCUGCUGCCCAGGUGUGAGGGAGCACCUGGCUGCCAGUGAACACACCUGGCUGCCUUCAGCUGCUUGGUGACACCGCGGUCACGUGCAGCAUUUCAUGGCUUCAAUGAGUCUCUUUUUGACCAUUUCUUGUAAAGGUGUUUGAGUGAACUCCUGACUGCCAGCAAACACCUUUGCACUGCACCUCAGCCCCUAAGUGACACUGCAGCCACAUGUAGCUUUGAAUUAAUCCUUUUUUUACAACUUAUGCUUCUGUGUGAUAAAAUAAACGCCUCCGUUCUGCUG